AUGAGAACACUCAAUACACAAAACUUCAAUGCACUGAGUCUGGCUCAGCCGACUAACUUCAAGGCAAUGCUGAAGUCUGGUACAAUACUAUGGGGUACCGGCUGUCGAAUUCCUCACGAAGAAGCUGCACGGAUUGUUGCCUCGACGCCAUAUCAUUUUUGUUUUCUCGAUGCGGAACACACGCCGCUAAAUGCAACGCUACUGGUCAGCCUCAUUCGGACCAUCCAGUAUCACUCAAAUGGUACAAUGGUACCGCUGGUGCGGAUUCCAGGUUGCUCACCAGAGCUAGUCCCGUAUGCUCUGAACGCGGGUGCCGGCGGAGUAAUUAUGCCUCACAUCCAAAAUGCAAAGCAGGCCGAGGAACUGGUCCGGUUGUCGAGAUUCCCACCAAUGGGCGACAGGAGUUAUCCUCCAGCUGCCUUGAUCAACAAGCAGCAACAUAAAACGCCAGAAGGUCAGACGACAUACGAUGUUUGGAACAACCAUGCCGCUGUAAUCUGCCAGAUUGAGGACCUGGAGGGUUUGGAAAACAUUGAAGAAAUCUGCCGAGUGCCUGGUGUGACAAAUACUAAUUUCGCUUCCUCAGUUGAUGGACUUUUUAUCGGCACCGGUGACCUGCGGCUAUGCAUGGGAAUGGCUACCGGGAGUCUUGAUGGCGAUGAGCCUGCUUUCGUAUCUGCCCUCGAGAAAAUACGGGACGCAGCCAGAAAGAAUGAUCUUCCUAUGAUGGGAUUUGGUAUAUCUCACUCAACAUUGGAAAGUAGGAUUAACAUGGGAUGGAAUGCUUUUAUCAUCCAUGGAGACAUUGAUGCAAUAUGCAAAUCAGCUAUUCAGGCUCUGGAUUCAUACAGUGCUGUCGCCCGUAGCACUGUUUCGAGCGAGAACAAGAACGGAGAACAAAAGAAUGGCACAAAAAGGAAAUUGGACGGAGAAUAG